CGAGAGAUGGCCCAAGCUACUGACUCUCCAGUCGUCCCGCAAGCACAUUCAGACCCAUCGACCCUCUGUUCGAUGAAUGUGUUCGAGUCCUUAGAGGAGCUAGAGGUGGAGUGGUCUAGAUUAGACCCGCUAGCUUCUUGGACGGCCUUAGUCAAAGCUCCUAAGGGUGAGAUGUUCGUCAGCGAGGUUGUUAUUGGAGGCCGCAAGGUCGGGCCCUAUUAUGACACUUGCUCGACACGGAACUUUAUUAGUCGCGCGUGCGUUGAGAGACUGCGCUUACAGGGGCGAGUGCAGCGCCUGAGUCGACCUGUGGAGUCGACCUGUGCCAACAAACAGCGCAUGGUAGUUAACGACUACCUCCAGGAUGUAGAGUGUAGUUUCCCGUGCGAGGGAGGGGACUUGAGGCAUCGUGUCUCGUUCCUAGUAAGCGAUGAACUCCCCAUGGACAUGUUGUUAGGUAUGUACUACCUCUCUGUGGCACAGCCCCAGUUUGACUGGGACCGAACAGUGGUCAAACACACUCUGCCAGGUGGAGGGACCGCCAGAUUACAUAAGUUCGAAGCUAGUAGUCUGAUUGAGUCCUACGGGUGCAUGUGUGCGGCCGCGUUCUAUAAUUAUUAUAAGCAAAAUCAGGAGGAGGGUAUGUACUUAGUUUAUGUCUCUGCUGCAGGCGAGGCGGUGAAAAUGCCGCCAGAGAUAGAGGGAGUAGUUGCCAAGUACCCGGAUCUAUUUGAGGAGCCUACAGGGGUUGUUGAGAGGGAGGUCGUUCACGCGAUAGAGAUUAUCCCAGGGUCUAGUAUUCCAAAGGGUAGGAUCUAUCGGAUGUCUCCAGGCGAGCUUGAUGAGCUUCGCCGCCAACUCAAGGAACUCAUGGAGAAGGGUUGGAUCCGGUCGAGUGUCUCUCCUUACGGAUCUCCAGUACUGUUCGUACCUAAGAAGGAGGACACUCUCAGGAUGUGCAUUGACUAUAGGGGCCUCAAUGCCAUCACUGUGAAGAACAGAGAGCCCCUACCGAGCAUCGAUGAUCUGUUAGAUAGAGUGCAAGGGUGUCGGUACUUCAGUAAAAUAGAUCUGAAGUCCGGGUACCAUCAAAUUGCAAUCCGGCCCGAGGAUCAACACAAAACCGCAUUUCAGACCAGGUACGGUCUGUACGAGUUUGUGGUGAUGCCUUUUGGCCUUUGCAAUGCUCCUGGCACCUUUCAGCACGCUAUGAAUCGGAUAUUCCAUGACUACUUGGAUAAGUUUGUCGUCGUGUACCUCGAUGACAUACUUAUUUUUAGUAAGACUAUCGAGGAGCACGUAGCACACUUAGACAAAGUUCUCAGUCUCCUGCGACAGCACAAGUUCAAGAUCAACGGUGAAAAGUGUGAGUUUGGCCACACCCGUAUCUUGUACUUGGGUUAUGAGAUCUCCGCGGAAGGGUUGAAGCCCGAUGACGCGAAGGUGGCCAGCAUUCGUGAUUGGCCACGACCUCAGUCUGUGACUGAAAUGAGAUCUUUCUUAGGAAUGACAGGCUACUACCGGACUUUUGUAAAGAACUAUAGCAUUGUGGCCGCUCCUUUGACUGAUCUAACCCGCCUUGACACCCCUUGGGAGUGGACCGAUGAGUGCGAGGCUGCUUUCAGACAUCUGAAGCAUGCAUUGACGCACUAUGAAGUCUUGAAGCUACCCGAUCCUGAUAAGCCAUUUAUAGUAACCACGGAUGCUAGCCAAUAUGGCAUUGGCGCCGUGCUUGCGCAGCAGGAGGGGCCAAAGUUGAGGCCAGUUGAGUACAUGUUUAAGAAAAUGCCGUCUCAGAAAUUGGCUAAGUCCACUUAUGAGAAGGAACUCUAUGCGGUGUACAAGGCUCUCACCCAUUGGAGACACUAUCUCCUUGGGAGGUUCUUCAUCCUCAGAACUGAUCAUCAGACCCUGAAAUGGAUGAGAACCCAGCCGGUGCUCUCUGACGCUCUCAAGCGUUGGAUCGAAGUUAUUGAGCAACAUGACUUUGACCCUCAGUAUCUAAAAGGGGAGUAUAACAAGGUUGUUGACGCCCUGUCGCGCAAACCAGACUUCUCAGGUGCGCUGAUUACUGAGUUCAGUCUCACGGACAAUGUUACUCAAUCCUUGGUGGAAGCCUAUCGCGAGGACCAGUUUAUGUCUAAGAUCAUACGCAGACUUGAGGCGAAGGACAAGAAAACGUCCGCCGAGUUUGAGUUGGUUAAUGGCUUGCUGUUCCUUGAGAAGGCAGGGAAUAAACGAUUGUGUGUUCCCAAUAGUGAGUCUUUGCGUAGUUUGUUUCUAGACCUGUUUCCUCCUCACCUAGAGGAACAGCAGGAAGACAUCGAUUGACUCUUGGUCAACCUUGCAAACAGGCAAAGUUAGUUGACCACCAUGGUCAACUUUGGCAAAUUGACCACGGUCAACUUUGGCAAAGUUGACCAUGGUCAAAUUUGGCAUGGUCAACUUUGGCAAAGUUGACCAUGGUCAAAUUUGGCAUGGUCAACUUUGUAAGCAGGGAAAGUUGACCAUGGGCAGCUUUGUAAGCAGGCAAAAAAAAGUUGACCAUGGGCAACGUUGUAAGCAAGCAUCUUGAAUGAGAAACAGUCACCGCUAGCAGAAUCCCCGCCGUCAACAAACGAAAAGGUCCGUAGGUCCGCACUCUGUAUUCCCCAUCGACCACCAGAUUCGCCAACAAAGAAAAGUGGUAAUCACCAAUGUGCCACCAUUCCAAACAAAUCCAUAAUUACUUC